GCCUUACGUACUUCAAAAUAAAAUCACAAAUGAAAAGAAGACUUCGAAUCCAAACAACUCCUGCUUCACAUCACUCCAAAAGUCAACACACAGUUGGUGACGAAACAUCGGACCAAUUGUCAUCUGCUUUUCCUAGGACAAGGAUGUCUCUGAGCGAUAUAGUUCACUCGCUUCGCCAAAGACUUUCCCAAGUGGCCUAAACCUUUUUCCAGUUUACGUAGCAAUGGCCGCUUCUCUGGUGGGAGGGGCUGCUUUAGGUCCAGUAUUCGACCUACUACUCAAAACAGUUGUUGAUGUUGGCUUCAACAUCGCCACUUUCCGUUCCAAAUUCCUCAGCUUGAAACAAACACUGAUGGACAUCGAACCAGUUUUCACCGACAUUCAGAAGCUCAGUAAUGCCCUGAACGGCCGCGACGAAGAAAUAGAGAUGUUCAAGAAGAAACUGAUGGAAGGUGAAGAGCUAGUCCGCAAGUGUUCCAAGGCUAAAUGCUACGACGCUUUGAAGAAAUGGAAUUACUCGAGGAAACUGACCAAAUUGGAGAAUUCACUAGUGAAGUUCUGUCAGGUGCAUGGGUUGAUUCAGGUGUGUAGGGAUAGUAAAUUGAUUCUGGUCAAGGUUAAUGAAAAUCAUAAGAAAUUGGAUGAGAUUCACUCGAUGAUGAGGAAUGUUUCGUUGACGGGGUACGGGUCAUCGGGGAGUAGUGUUGGAUUUACGAAUUCGAUUGGGUCUUCAGGGUGGACGAAUGGUUCUAGUUUUGGUAGCUCAAAUGGGUUUUCAGGAUGGUCUGAUGUGCCUCCAGUUCCUGAUUCUGUGGUUGGGUUUCAAGUGCCACUUCAAGAAUUGAAAUUGAAGUUGCUUCAACAGAAAGAUCAAGUGUUGGUUCUUUCAGCACCUCCUGCCUGUGGGAAGACUACUUUGGCAGCAAUGGUUUGUCAAGAAGAGGAUAUCAAAGCCAAAUACAGGAGCAUCUUUUUUGUCGCUGUUACCAAAACACCAAACAUCCGACGCAUUGUUGGGGAAAUUUUUGAGAAGAAAGACUACAAGGUCCCAGAGUUUGCUAAUGAGCAUGAUGCAAUCUGCCAACUCAAUAAUCUCCUUAGGAGAAGUACAUCACAUCCUGUAUUGCUGGUGUUGGAUGAUGUUUGGUAUGAAUCAAAUUUCAUCAUCGAGAAUCUUAUAUUGCAGUUACCUGGAUUUAAGAUUUUGGUCACUUCUAGAUUUGUGUUUCCAAGAUUCGAUACAUAUAAAUUAAAGCUUUUGAGCGACAAGGAUGCAAAGGCUCUCUUCUGCACGUCAGCUUUUAAAGAUGGCACCCCUAAUGUGCGACUUGAUCUUGUUCAUAAGGUGUUGAGAAGUUGUGGCGGUUUUCCACUGGCUCUUCGAGUUGUAGGCCGGUCAUUGUGUGGCCAGCCUGAGGGGAUCUGGUUUGAUAGAGUAAUGAUGCAGUCUAAAAGACAAAUUCUCUUCCCUACUGAGAAUGAUUUGCUUCGUUCUUUGCAAGCCAGCAUUGAUGCCUUGGAUGAAAAGGCUCUUUACAGCAGAGAAACAACUACAUUUAGAGACUGCUACCUGGAUUUGGGAUCAUUUCCUGAAGAUCAAAGAAUUCAUCCUGCUGCUCUUUUGGAUAUUUGGGUGGAACGAUACAAUCUAGGUGAAGAUGGCAGGACUGCAAUGGCCAUCUUCUUUGAACUUUCUUCACAAAACCUAGUUAAUCUCGCCCUUGCAAGACAGGAUGCACCAGCAGUUCUUGGCUUACAUAACUUGCAUUACAUACAGCAGCAUGAUAUGCUUAGAGAACUGGUCAUCCACCAGUGUGAUGAGAAGCCGGUAGAAGAGAGAAUGAGAAUAUACAUCAACAUCAAGGGGAAUGACUUGAGGUGGUUUGAGCAAAGACUUCAACCACUUCAAGCGGAGGUUUUGUCUAUAAUCACAGAUGAAAAAUUCUCCUCCGACUGGUCUGACUGUGACAGGCAAUUUCCUAAAGUUGAAGUACUUGUGUUGAACUUUGAAACAAGGACCUACAAUUUACCCCCUUUUGUAGAGCAAAUGAACCAAUUGAAGACACUGGUUGUGACAAAUAAUAGUUUCUUCCCAGCCACAUUGAAUAACUUUCAGCUUUGUUCUCUGCUCAAUCUUAAGAGAAUCAACCUGGAACGCAUUUCAGUUACUUCCAUUUUCACAGCCAAUCUGCAACUACCAAAUUUGCGCAAAAUCUCCCUGAUCAUGUGUGAAAUCAGGGAGGCAUUUGAAAACUCUGCUGCAAAGAUCCCUCACAUGUGGCCAAAACUCGUAGAGAUGAAUAUCGAGCACUGCAACGAUCUAGUAGAAGUGCCAGCUGAGAUAUGUGAUCUUGUUGAUCUUAAAAAGCUCAGCAUCUGUUAUUGUCACGAACUGGUUGCCCUUCCCGAAGAGCUUGGAAAGUUGACGAAUUUGAAAGUAUUAAGGCUUCAUUCUUGCACAAAAUUGGCUGAGUUGCCAGAGUCGAUAGUAAAACUUAAUAAAUUGGAAUUUCUUGAUGUAUAUGAUUGUGUGGAGAUGGAUUACUUGCCAAUGGAAAUGGAUCAACUCAGUUCUUUACAGACCGUCUGCAUGGGGAGCCGCCUGGGGUUUUCUGAGCUGCCCAAUUCUGUGCUAAAACUAGUAAAGUUGGAAGAUGUUGUAUGUGAUGAAGAAACAGCCUCUUUAUGGGAAUUCUUUAAGGAAUAUCUGAGGAAUCUGAGAAUCACCGUGAUAAAGGAAAUCAAUCUGAAUUUGCUGCACAAGUCAUUGUUUAUUUGAUUUGAAGUAAGAUGCUGUAGGAGCACUUACCUUGGUGGAACUUGAAUAUGGAUGGAUAGUGCAAAGCAAACAUACCUUGGCGGAACUUGAAUAUGGAUGGAUAGUGCGAAGCAAACUCUGGAAUAACUUGGUCAGCCACAACAAUCAAGGGAAGUUUCUUGUGGCGACUUGAUGAGGUUCAUAUCACUGUCAGGAAUUGACAUCUUAUGAGGAGCUUUCGUUGAGAGUUCUAAUGGAGAAAAGCUAGUAGCUGAAGCAGUCUGGUGUAAGUUUUAAUAUUGAGAAGCACAAUUAAUAAUUUAGUAUAUUGAUUUUAUCGAAGGGCCAUCCCUAUGUAUCCUGAAAUUUGGAAAGGUCAUUAGACUGAUGUAUUCCUGUUUAAGCAUUGUAAAAUGCCAUGCUCUGCAAUCCAUUUUAAUAUAGAUACUUGUUUGCUAA